AGCUUUCAUCUGUGAUAUAAAAAUACUCCUCUCAAAGAGGUUACAUUUAUUAAGACUUUUUUUAACACUGUGAAUUAAUUGUGUACUCAGAGAAAAUGGAAGAGUGUGAUCAAGCAGCAGGUGUUGAAGAAUCUUCGUCAACUGAAGAUAAAGGAUACGGUGGAUGGGAAUAUAUUCUUGCUGAAGUUAAGGAUUGUUUACCUGGUAUUGAUUCUGAUUCGGAGUCAAGUACAUUGCCAGAAGAAACUGAUGGUGUAUUUCAAAGGAAGAUUGCAACAUUUGACAACACAGAUAGUGAUUCAGAUAUCAGUUCAUUAACCAAUUUUCCCAAAGCAGGCUCAGAAAGACAUGAUACUUUAACUCUAAACUCUGAAGGUUAUGCAAGUGCUUCUAGUUCCUCUCCGACUUCUAAUACUUCAUCUGCAACAUCCAAAUCAACAACCAUGAAUCCUGGUCUUUCAUCAUCAUCCAGUGUCAAUCAAGAACAUUCUUCCAUGUUGUUAUUUCAAAGACUUCACAAUCAUCUCAAUACAAGGGACGGUGACAAUCUUUGUGGAAUAACUGAUGAUAAAGAUGAUUUACAUUUGACUGACAUGGAUCUCGACUUACCUCUAUAUGAAAAUGAUAAGCUGACAUUUUAUACAGAAAAUGAUGAUGAUCAUUCACCUCCCCCUAUGGAUAUGAGAAGAGGACAAUACCAGCCUAUUAUGGACAGUGAAGCAUCAUCUGGUAUUUUAAGUAGAGAUGAAUCUAAUGAUGAUGAUCUUGAAUCAAAUGAUAGCGAAGGAAAAGCUCCAGUGUUAUCAUUGAAGGGAUUAGAAGGUUUCGAUCUUGAUGAUUUACUUGAUGAUUCAUAUGGUGAAGAUAACAUUGAUGUCUCCCUCACUUCUCUCAAUUUGGACAAAGAUCAAACAAGCCAAUACGAUUUAAUGAAUCAGCUUGUUGAUUUGAGUAAAACUCAAAAAGGAAAAGAAGAUGGCACAGUGUCGAAUUCAGAGGCUGGUGAUUCUAAGCAACAUUUUUUAGCAUCUCGCCAAUUUCAAAAUGAACCUGGUGGACAGGAGAAUAACAUAGAAGAAGAAGUUUUGGAAAAGGCUGAUAUUGAAGAUAACAAAGAAAAGAAAAUAGAGGAUUUAUCAUCCAAUCCAAUUUCAUCAUCUUCAGGAAGCUUCUCGUCUACAGCUGAAUUAUCAUUGUCCGAACCUACAACAAUAUAUCUUGAUCUUCGGCCUAAAGCUGACUCGGAUACUAAUAAUGAAAAACAAGAGGAAUCACAGGAAACUCAGAAUGUGGAGAAACCUGUAAAUCGAGUUAUGAGGCGAAGAGUUCGAACUCAAACUAAAAGUAUCGGAGUUUCUGCAUCAAAUAAUAUUGAUCAAGAUCAAGUUAUGAAACGGGUUCAAAGUUUGUCCAGAAUAAGAACAAUGACAAGAGAGGAAUCAGAAGAUUCCGAUUCAGAAAAUGAUGAUGAUGAUUUUAAAGCUUGGCAAGCUGAAAGAAAUAGGAUCAAAGAAAGAUCAUCUUUGUCCGCCGCUGUAUCACCGAAAAACAAAGCGAAAAAAAUGGACACUGAAACUAUCACUCACCAUAAAGGAAAUUCUUCAUUAUCAUUCACAAGUUCAACCAGUAACAAGAGGUCUACUAAAUAUGAUAGAGAUUUACAAUCCAAUCCAGGUGCUAAUGAUAGUAGUGAACCAGCAAGGAACACAGCAUUUGGCGAAAAUAUUCCAGGAAUCGAACACAUUGAUAAUAGCAUUUAUGAUGGUGACAGAAGAAUUUUGAACGAUGAUGUUACUUGCCUUGAUCUGGAUGAGGUAUCAGAGUCUUUUGACGUUGAUGAAAACAAUGCAGGAAUCUAUGCUAGGCAAAGAUUAAAAAAAGAAAAACAAGAAAAAGGAAAUGUGACAACAACAUCUACAUUGCGCAACAAAGCAGACAAAACUAACAAUAAAAACAAAGGGAAAGUAACAGUUAGUUUUGCUGAGGAACCUAAAAAAGACGACAAUGAUACAACAAACAUAUAUCGUGCCAAGAAUUUAAAUUCAACAGCAUGGAAACCAUCGAAUGAAGACAAUUCUUCAAACGUAGUUAAGAAAACUACAGAUUCGAUCACAAGCAGUGUUCAAACAGAAGAUUCAUUUCCAUUGACAAGGAAUUCUGAUCUGGCAUUUCAUAAAGUUGUUGAAGAUAUGUUACAAAGACGAGGUGAUGUGAAAUUAAUAGACAAAACUGUAACUGAUAAACACAUUGAAGCUCAAUCAGUCCUCGCCAAAAAGCAAUACGAACUAGCAAAAUCAAUUGGAUUGUCAUCAUCUUCAUAUCUUGAUGAUAGACAAGUAUUGAGAGAAACCAAAUUAAAAUUAAAAGUUCUUCUGGAAAAAGAAGAACAAAAGUUGGGAAAUGGAACUAGAGUAUUAUAUGAUAUGGAUGCAUCAUAUGAGACUGAGGUUCCCAAUAUUCCUCCUGAAUUGAACACAGAGAAGUCUCAGAUGGUUUUGUUAACUGUCAACAUGUCAUCAACUGGAUGUAUUGUGACUCACAGAACAUCAGGUGGACACAAAGCAACAUCAGUUGAUCCUAAUAUCGGUUUCUCCAUUACUUAUCCUAUGCUUAUAUCGUGGUUUCUGGCUUUGGUUCCAGAAGAUUUGACAAAACUUCAUCAGGCAAGAAUGGACGAUACAUUUACUAUUGAUAUUGAUCCUGAACUUGUGCCUGAAAUUAGCAAUGGUAAAGAUGCACCUACUAUACCAAUCAGUGUUGAUGUUCCUUUCAAUGUUGUUGCUCUUCACCAGUCGUGGCAGGAAGAUACUCAGUCUUUGUCAUUACAAGCAAUUGUCAUUCCCAAUUUUUAUUACAAACCAGAGUCAAAGAGAGGAAGGAAAAAGGCAAAGAAAGAGGAUGCUUUCUUGCAAGUUGUUUGGCAUUUUCUACAAUCAAAUCGAAUCCAAGAUGUUUGUCCAUGGCAUGAUAAACCUGAAUCACCUAUACAUUAUUCAUUGUCGGAAAUUAUAAUAACCUGUGCAACCAAACCACUGUCAACGUAUGUAUCAGCAUCAAAUGAUCCAGUGUUAAUCAAGAAAGCUUUGAAAAAUAAACCGGGAAUGUUUUGUAAAGUGAUGACUCCUGAAGAUCAAGUUCCUUGUAAUCCUCCUUCAAUUACUCUUGGAAAAUUACAGACAACAAUGUGCCUUCUUCAAAAAGAAGCUUUCAUGUUUCCAACUGCAGUUAUGGACGUGAUGAUUCGUGUUCAGACUUCUUGCUUUGAUUUAACUGGAUUAAAGUUGGCAUAUGUCACAAGGGAGUUUAUUAAUGACAACACAUUGUAUCACAGCAAUUCUAUGAAGUCGAAUCCAAAGGAAGUUGUGCCUUGUGUUGUCAUAGCGAUUCAUGGAAGAUCUGUCAUUGCAAGGUGGUCGAAAAUAGUUGGUCCAAGAGAUCCAGUAUUAGCUAGAAUGUCUGAAAGGAUGUCACUCAAUGCAACUUAUGGCGAACAACUUUCUAUCAAAAGAGGAGAUGAAUCAUUACCAACAGAUGUCAAUAUGUUUUGUUAUCCGAGAAGUGAAACUCGUGCUAUGCAUCAAUUAUGCAUCUGGUUUGGUGGACGUGUUGAUGUAGAAAGGCAGCCUUAUAAGAAACUAUUGCAACCGAAUGUGCCUAUUUCAAACGGUCUGACUACCAAAUCAGAUAAACCUAAUGUUAAUGGGAAAAGUAAUGGAAAGAAUCAGAAAAACAAGUCAAGAAGUAAUUCAACAACUUCUAUCAAUAAUGAAAAUGAAUCAAAUGCCUCUUCAUCUAUCUCUGAUUUGCUGCAAUCAUCAUCUUUCGUUGUAAAUUGUUGCAACACUCGUAUAUUUCUUGUUGUUUCGCCUCGACUUCCGACACAAUUUAUAAGCGAUGUCCUUCAUGUUGUCACACAGCAAGGUUUUCAACUUCAAGGAAUCAGGAGAUUUAGACUAAAUGAAAGAAAAGCAGCGGCAUUAUCAAUUUCUCAAAGGUAUUUUCCCUGCUUCUGUCCUCGCCUUGAUUCAGACACUCCAGUAGAUGUUGAUUAUUUUGAAGAUAUUUGGUGGAUUAGGCCUGCAACUGUUUUUUUAUUGUCUCGAGAAAAUGCAGCAGCACACUCAUCUGGAUUGUUUCAUGCUUUGCAAACUGAUUUGAUGGUUAAUUUAAGUCCACCAGAUGAAGAAGGACAUGUUAAAGUUAUUACCUAUCAAUGUUUUCAUCUAACGCCAUAUACUGAUGCAGUGGAACAUGCUAUUGGAUCAAUGACAAAAGUGCCAGAAGUUGAACUAAGUACGGGAGCUUCACCCAGAUCAUUUUAUUCAAAUCCAGAGAUGGAACAAGUAACUGUUCUAUCGUUACUUGGUGAAAAAGCAAUCGACGGAGCUGGAGAAGUUUUAAGAAGUCUUGUACAUGGUGAGUUUCCAUAUGCUGAUGAAGAAAGAAAUUCAGCUCACACAGAUGAGGAAUCAGAGAUGGAAGCAUUCAGAGGAUUUGAAUUGAUUGCAUUGAAAUGGCUUCCUUCGCUGAACGGAAUGCAAGCAAACGAAUUAACACCAUAUGAAGUGGGAACACCAGCGUGGCAUGAAAGUAUUCCAAUCUUACAAUCAUCUCCUGUUAUGUUAUGUGUUUUGAGAAGGGUCAAUGCUUUCGAGGUAUUGGAAGAUGCAAUGAGGAUACCUAGGUAUUCAUGUUCAAUGUCUGAUGUUGUUUUCAAUGCUGAGAAAUUCACUCAUGUCAUGUCUAUUACUCCCGAAAUCGCCUAUCGACAAAUGAAAGUGUUUUUUUCUGAUAAAGAAUUAUUUCCUGAUAAUCAAAGUCGGCCAUUAUUGAAAUAUCUUCCACCACCAACAAGAGUUCAUCAGUAUCGACAACAACAAAACGUAAAACCGGUUAACGGCGAUGCUGAUACAAACGGUAGUGGAGAUCAACUUAAUAAUUCAUUUUCAAAUGGCAAUUCAAGGAAUUCUGACAACUCCAAACGAUCCAAUGGAAAAAAGAAAAAGAAGCAAAAUGGUAAAAAAGACAACAAUAAUAACAACAACAAUCAAAACAGUAAUGGUGGUAGCAAUACAAGUUUUUCUCUUCCCGAAGAAUCCAUUUUUUCAUCAAUGGUGUCUUGUCAACAACCUCUUACUUCAGUUCUUGUUAUCAAACCUGAUGCUUUCCCCAGACAUUUCAUAAAGAUUUUCCGACAACUUCAUUAUGAAGGCUUUAAAGUGGUGGCAGCAAAAGUUGUAAAACUAACAGAAGACGAAGCGUUGCAGAUUUUACCUAACUUCCUAAAAGAUAUGCAAGGAGAGGUUCAAGUUUAUCUUGAUCAUAUGACAUCUGGUUUAUCAUUGGUUGCAUGUGUUCAACGUGAUAAUGCAGUACGACAUCUGUGCCAAUUAGCUGGUCCUCACGAUCCACGUAUCGCCAGAAGUAGAUGCUAUCUUCAACGACAAAAUGGAUCAUCAACAACUCGAGCAACAUGGCGAGCUCUGUUUGGAAUCGAUAACAUGUCUAAUGGAAUUCAUGUGUCAGACAGCUACCUUUCAGCAUGCGGAGAAUUGAAAGUAUUCUUUCCUGAAGGAUUAUGUUGUCAAGAAACUUUAGAAUUGAAAAUGGAACUUGUGCCUACACCUGCUGAAGAUAAAUUUAUGUGCCUUGAUAAAAUGAAAGGACGAGAAGUGAAAAUUUUACCUGAUGAUAGACAGACAAAUCAUUCAACGAGUCUCAGGGUGACAUACAUGCCUCGAAAACCAGUUGUUGUUAUUUUAACUCCUCCAUUAUUCCAUACAAAUGGUACAAGCAGACCUCGACAAUCCCGUCAUCCGCUUACACGACGUCCGAUGGGACUGGCACAUGGAACAAUACCACCUUUUGUUGAGAUUUUGGAUCAGUUGUUAACUCAGGGUUUCGAAAUUUGUGCACUUCGGCAAGUAUUGUUCAGACAAUCUCAAGCUGCAGAAAUAUUGAACAUACUCAAUUAUACUCAAAAUGUGGAUGGCAUGAUUACUUCUUUGGUUCAAGGACCCAGUUUGUUGUUGAUAUUACAAAGAGAAAAUGCUCUGGUAUUGUUUGAUUCAAUUCUUGGAAGUACCAAGUCUAACAGCGAUUCACUGUAUCACAAAUACUCAAGCAAUAUAUUGAGAUCACAGAGAGAAGAGCAAACGAUUUCUGCGGCAAAAUAUCUAUUUCCUCGCGUUCCUUUCAAUAAUUCAAUUCUAACGAUUUCUCACAAAAGGGCUUUAGAAUGGAAGGAUAGAAAUGGUGAUACCCCAGAUGCCAAUAUGGAUAAAUGAAUUGUUUAAGCCAAUUUCUUGAUAUUUAUCCCACAUGUGAUGCUUCCACAAUAUGCAUCUCUAUCCUGUCUAUUUUAGCCAACCCCGAAUAUUAAAAACUUGUAAUGGUGGCGGAUCAGAACAGGCGUGUAUACUGUUAUGUUUAAAUAAUAUAUUUCACAUUGUGAAAAGAAUAAUAUCUACUUUAAAGUUCUUUAAUUUUGAUAUAUGUGUUAUGUUCUUAUAUUGAUUUUCUGCACAUGUAAAUAUUUUUUAAUAAUUCCAAUAUACUCAAUUAUUUUUAUCUAUAAUCCUAAUGGCAAGACUUUCAACAGCUUUAGUAAAUUUUUUAUUUGGCAAGCCGUCUGAAAUUAUUUCAUUUAUGUAUAUAAUGAGCACAGUUUAUUUGUACAUAUAGUAAUGCCUUUUUGGUGUCAUCUACUGAAGUGAUCUUGUCAUCUUCAUGAAUCGUUUAGUUCGAAGAAUAUAUGGCAUUUGUGAAUAGGUUCAGGCAAUCCUCUUCCAUACAUAUCCGACAUUAUAAAUAUUUGAACCUGUUUUUUUUUUCACUGAUACUUUGUUGUAAAUACUUUUGUAUUAUUUUGCUAAUACUCUAGCUAUAUUCGUUUAUAUUGAUUGACCUGUGUUGCAGUGUUUUGUUCUUUGAGUGACAAGUAAUACUAUAUAUACUUUUCUUACAUUCUUGAUAAUAACAAAGGGCACCAUAUCGAAUUAUGCGAAGAUGAGUCUCGUAUGUAUGUAGGAUAAAAUGGCAACACCCAUUAUAAGGUUAUCUUGACUGAAGUUAUGCUCGUUGUUUGAAAACUUGAACCAGAAAUGAUCUUCACCCAAUUUUAAUCAAAACUGGAGGAUUCUAACUUUGCCUUACUGAUACAUCGACGUAUCCAGGUUUAGAUUUAAACGUUGAGUAUGCGAGACAAACUAAUGGCACACUUUCCGUCUAUUGAUUUUUAAAUCUAGCGUGAUCUGUUUUUCGCAUGCAGACUGAGUGUUAAUUUCUUUUCUGUGCCAUAUAUUCUGUUCAUAAUAAAAUGCUUUUUUGCUUUGUUUCACAAUUUUUAGUUUUUGUACCGAAUUAUUUAUAAUUUUGUUGGCAUUGUUGCAUUCAGAAAUGUUUUUUAUUUUUCUAAGAAAAAAAUUUGAUGAACUACAUAUAUUAAUAAUAUAACAAUAUUUUAUUGUUGGCUUUUUGUUUUUGUUCCUUUUCUUACUUUACUACUUGUAAAGUACACUGUAAAGUUCUGUUUUUUGCUGUGAGCUGAACCCAAGGUAUUGGUACCCUUCCUGUUCCUAUCAUCUGCAUACAUUUCUUUUCACCUAGGCUGGAUCUUUUGUACAUCCAUUGCUUCGCGUACUGUAUUAUUUAAUUCGUUUGAUAAUAAAAUAGUUUUCUUGCA